GCUCGCACGGUAGUAGUGUCACGUGGCGCUCGCGCAAAAUUGUAAAUACUACUAAAUACACAAUGGCUUCGAAACCUAAAUCUCGAACUAAUCCGUAUAAAAGAUAUUGUUCUGUUUACGGAUGUCUCAAUAAACGGAAGAACAGCGAAGCAGAAAUGACAUUUUUUAAAAUUCCGGACGAUAUCGAAAGACGACAAGAAUGGCUAGCAGCAAUCGACAGAGAAGAUUUACUGGACGAAAAAAAGUUAAAGAAGGCCAAAAAGAACUUUGUUUGUUCUGCACAUUUCGAUGACUCAGCAAUCAUAACUUCUACUUUGAAGCGGCUGAAAAGUGAUGCAGCACCUACUAAAUUAUUACCUGAUAAAUCUCAGAAAAAUAUUCCACCAGACGCCACAAAGAAAGAUAAAAUAUUGGUUUCCACUUAUAGUCACAAUCAAUCACAAACCGAUCCCCAAGAACUAAAAGGAAUAGAAUCUGAGACAAAUGCCUUACAAUCUCACAAAAAAGUACGAAUAUUAUCAAAUGAAAUAAUUAAAAUUGAAAAACCUGAGCUUACUUGUACUUCAAUGCAAACAGAUUUAAUUGAAACAUCAAAUAAAAUGACACAGACAACAUUAGACUUAUCUGACCAACCCCCACGUAAAAGAAAACUGAAAAAGGAACUUGUGACUGUUAAAUGCCAACGUAAGCGACUGGAGCAAGAACUGCAAGAAGUUUUAAAAAUUGAAAAAGAGUUAGAAGCAAAACAUGCAUCUUUACUCUCCAGUCCCGAAGACGAAGUACCUAGCUCAAUGAUUUAAGAAAUUGGUUGAGUGCAAAA